AUGAGGGUGUUCGUGUCUGAUGCGGUAAGAAUCUUUGGCCGCAACAUCCUGGUCCUGUUUAAGCUGAUCCUGCUGGAGCGUCGCGUGCUCUUCUACCACAGCCCUGUCGGCCCCCUAGUGCGCACUAUCACUUCCCUCCUGGCCCUCUUCCCAGAGAACUUCCCGAAUGGCUUGGCACAUGCGGCUUCCCUCAGGUCUCGAGGGCUGCUUGGCCUUGCCACCCUGCAACCCAGUCCCAAUGAAGCUGAUUAUAUGGAAGUGUGUUAUGCAGAGGACGCCCUGGCUGCUCGGGUCUCCAGGUAAAGCAAAGCAGAGUCGCCAAAUUUCGCCCUGGCCCUUGGAUGCAUGGAAUUAAGCUCUGCCCCUUUUUGUCUGUGAUGUGGUUACCGUUCGAGACUAAAAAAAUAUAUAUACAUCUGUAACAUGCUUCAUCAGUGUGAGAGCGGGACUAUGUACUGAGUUGUGCACAGUGGAGCUAAAACAGUUGCAGCAGUUAGCCUGCUUUCUUUAUUCUCUCUUUUUUUUCUAACACAGUAUUAAUAAUUGUGGUUAUGUGGUAUUUAACAGUGUGAUAUUGAGGAGGUGUAGAGUUACAUGGGGUUGGUAGCUGUAGAGUUGGCAAGCUGUGGUAUUAUGUCAAGGCUUUUAGCUCAGUCUUCCUUUAACAGUGGUGGUUCAUGCCUUUCUCUUAGUUCACAUAACACUGUAUAAUUGGUCACUAACACUGGUAUGGUCUUUUUUUACUCUAUUUAACACUAUUUUCAGAUUGUGCUCAUGCUUUAUGACAUAUUGCAAACUGCUUCACAUUCCACAAUAUCACAGAAUUUAUCAUGAGCACUAGCAGCUGAAUUUUCCACAUAUCUCAUCACAUAUGUUAUCCAUUUUCAGUGAUGCUGAUUCUGUGUGUGUUGAACCUCUCUUGUUUUGUUAGAUUCACAGCCUUGAAUCAUGAGUAUUUACUAAAACAUGUUAAGAAGCUAGCAUUAGUGAAUGGAAAAAGGGAAAGAAAAGUAAACAAGUUCCUGAAUUUACUAUCCACAUGAAUUAUUGGUGUUAUGGAUAAAUAGCUUUAGAUGAAGUUUAUAGCUGAAUCCUUGCUCUUUUUGUUGAGGUACCAAUGAAAAUGAUAGGAAACUUACUCUUUUUAAAAUAGUUUUGAAAAAACUUUCCUAUCAGCCAGUCAUUCAGUGUUCAGGACUGCACAAAUUAUGAGGAUAUUUUGUGGUAAUGAAAGAUAUAUAAACCCAUUAUGAGACAUCACCUGUUGUCUUAUUAUUUGUCAUGCGAUGUAGCAUCACCAAUUCCCAAUAGUUUUAGAUAUGCAGUCUUGGUAUAUUUAUUUUCAGUGGUUUAUCAUAUUUUUUAAAAGACAGAAAGUAGAGCAAAUAUAACUAGAGUUGUAAAAGAAUUUUUGAUUACAUAGAAUAAUGUCUACUGUCCUUUUUUGAAUCUUCUGUUGAUUUUUUUUAUAUAUAUUCAGUUAAUUAGAAUUUUGAUAAGGCCAGAAAAGAAAGUCUUCACACGAGUCAGAUAUAACUGGUUGAUUAUGAAUAUGGUAAUCGAUAGGGAUCAUUUCAGCGAAGUCAGGUGAGGAUGAGCAUGUGCUGCUUUGUGCUGCUCUGUGUCUGAGAUAUCGUCUUCCUCAUGAUAGGGUGUGUAAGAACUUAUCCCAGUGAUUCUGAUAUAGAUUUGGAACAUGGUGUGAGGCAUCUACCAGAAUCUGUGAAUUAUUUGCAGCAAACUGAUAGCUAGUCACUUGUCUCCAGUGGUUUAGACAGG